AUUCAAAUUUAUUUUCUGUCUGCGUGCGGUUGAACUGGAUGUUGUAAUCGUCGCUCAGACAACGGAUUUACUCGAAUUUAAAAGCAAGCAUUCACAAACGUUUUUGCCGAAAUUUUCAAUGACACUUCAAGUUUUCGUCACGCUAAUCCACUAACGGUUUCGAAGUUUAAGUUUUGUUUUUUUUUUUAAUUUUUUUAUCCUGUUGUUUUCAUUCCGCAAAUUGCAUUUUCAAUGGGAGUCGAUGACGCUUUUCUUGAAGCUGGAAAGAAGCCUGGCUUGGAAAUAUGGAGAAUAGAGAAACUAAAAGUUGUUGCUCAAGGUACUGAAACCUACGGCACCUUCUAUGGAGGGGACUCUUACAUCUGUCUAUCGACCAGAAAAGUUGAAUCUCAUUUAGAAUGGGAUAUACAUUUCUGGCUCGGCACUAAAACAUCUCAGGACGAGCAAGGUGUUGCAGCUUAUAAAACAGUAGAACUAGAUGAUCAUCUGGGGGGCGGCCCAGUACAAUACAGAGAGGUUCAAGAUCAUGAAUCAAGAAAAUUUCUAUCCUAUUUUCCCAAGGGUAUAAGAUACCUGGAAGGAGGUGUAGAUUCUGGUUUCAGGAAAGUACAGCGCGGUGUGUACGAGAAAAGACUCUUUCAGAUCAAGGGAAAGAGAAACGUGCGAGUGUCACAGGUGGAGAUGCAUUACACGUCAUUAAAUAAAGGAGAUGUUUUUAUUCUGGAUGAAGGGAUGACCAUUCACUGCUGGAACGGAUCACAAUGCAGCAGAACAGAUCGAAUGAAGGGAAUUGAAGUAGCCAGACGCAUAAGAGAUGAGGAGAGAGGAGGAAAAGCCAAGCUUGUCAUUAUCGAUGAAAACAAAGAUCACCGGGACGAAAACAACUUUUUCCAAGCCCUCGGGUCACGUGGUGAAAUAAAAGAAGCUUCUGAAGGAGGCGAUGACGUAGCGUUUGAGAAGAACAGUCAGACAAGUGUCACAUUGUACAGGGUUUCUGAUGAACGCGGAACACUGGAGAUGUCAACGGUCAAUGAAAUGCCUCUCAAAAAAGAACAUCUCGACCCAAACGAUUGCUUCAUCCUGGACUGCGGCAGUAGCGGAAUAUUCGUGUGGAUCGGGAAGAAAUGUACAGAUGACGAAAAGAAGGGAGGGAUGAAAUUUGGAAUGGAUUUUAUCAGCAAGAAGGGCUAUCCCCAGUGGACACAGGUCACCCGUGUGGUGGAGGGUGGGGAGACACCGAUCUUUAAACAGUUUUUUUCAGGAUGGAGGGAUGAGGGCGAACAAGUGGGACUGGGAAAGGUGUUCAGACAAGGAUCCUUGGCCAAACAGAGCAAUGACAAGUUUGACGCUUCACAGCUGCAUGACAGAGAAAGACCGAAACACAAAACGGAAAUCCUUCCUGAUGAUGCAACAGGAGAUGUAGAGAUCUGGCGUGUUGAAGACCGUGACCUGGUUUCCUGGGAGCCUAACUUGCACGGAGUAUUCUUCAGCGGCGAUUCUUACGUUAUCAAAUAUAGCUUCACUGCUAACUGGAGGAGGCAAAUAAUAAUCUAUUUUUGGCAGGGAGCGAGAAGCAGCCUAGAUGAGAGAGCAGCAUCAGCCAUGUUAGCUGAUCAAAUGGACAAAAAUCUCGGUGGAAUAGCAACACAGAUCAGAGUUGUCCAGAAUAAAGAACCGGAACACUUUUUGAGAAUGUUUCGUGGACGCUUCAUUAUUCUGGAGGGCGGCAAAGGAGCAGGUUACCGCGCUGGGUCAGAGGAGGAUACGUACGACAGUGAAGGCAAAAGAAUGUUUCACGUUCGUGGUUCGUCGGACAUGAACGCCAAGGCGAUGCAGGUGCCUCGGAGAGCAGCUUCGUUAAAUUCUGGAGACAUGUUUGUAUUGGAGACUCCAUACAUAGCCUAUUUGUGGAGAGGAAAGGGGGCAUGUGCAGCCGAAAGGAGAAAUGCAAGACAGCUUAUUGAUUACUUGAUGGUUGGCAGAGAGGUAGAGCCCAUUCGGGAAGGGAAAGAACCGAAGGCAUUCUGGGAAGCUAUUGGGGGAUAUGAAGAUUACGCAACAGGAAAACGUAUGGAGGAAGAGAAACCCAGCUACCCACCGCGUUUAUUUCAGUGUUCCAACGCCUCUGGAGCAUUCAGAGUGGAAGAAAUAUUUGAAUUUUGUCAAGAGGACCUGGUUGAGGAUGACGUCAUGUUCCUAGACACGUAUGAUGAGGUGUUUGUGUGGAUAGGAGAAGGAGCAAACGAAGUUGAAAAAGCUGAAGCUGUCACCGUAGCUAUGGAUUACGUAAGAUCCGAUCCGUCUGGACGGACAUUGGAGGAUACAAUAAUAAUUCAAGUGAAACAAGGAUACGAACCUCUGAAUUUCACUGGUCACUUUCAGGCCUGGGACCGAGACAAAUGGAGCAAAGGAAAGACCUACGAAGAAUUAAAGAAAGAAAUGGGAGAGGAUGGUAUCAGAAAAGUCUCCGAAAUACGAAUUACUCCUCAGAGUGUGAAAACCAUGAAUAACCACAACCACAGUGACGUCACCGACGGUGGUACAUUUAGCUACGAAGCUCUGGCCAAGCCAUAUCAUCUCCUGCCAGCAGGCAUCGAUAAAACAAGGAGAGAGCACUACCUGUCAAAUGAAGAGUUCUUCUCGGUAUUUGAUAUGGAGAGGACAGAGUUUGAUUCUCUACCUAGAUGGAAACAGGUGCAGCUAAAGAAAGAAAAAGGAUUGUUUUGAUAUCAGAUGUUAUUGUGUUAGUUAUCUAGAAAAUAACUUGACAGGCAUUCUUUUCGUUAUUAUCAAUAAGAGAUGGUCUUGUGUCUGAGUGGUACAAAUCGAAUAAGUCAAAGAAUACGUGAAGACGGUUUUAUGGAAUUGUUCACGCCACUUUGUUAAAUGCAUUUUCACAAUCAUGGAACAUUAAAAAAGGAGUGAAGUUUCCAUAUUUUGUAUGUCAGUGAACAAUGAGAAAACGCUGUUUCUUUUUCUUUAUAGGCGUUUACUUAGUAGUAUUACCCUCUUAAACCAUUUAUGGAUUUAUGGAUCAUUUUUCAUAAGAGUAACUAUAAGUCUUUGUUUUGUCAACUACAUAAGUCUCAAAAUAUCCUAGUUAUACAUGUAUUUUAAAGUUCAACCACAAAAGGAGUCAGACAACGGUAAGAAAAAGAAUCAAGUGUCAAGUAAAAUUUUUAUUUCAGGAACCGCGGUUUUAUUCAUUUACUGCAGGAGCGUUGAACACCAGAGUUUAUAAACUACAGUAGCUAUAUCGUGGAGUAGAAAAAACGUGUUUAUUACGGACCGAAUGAGCUUGAACAACUUGAACAAUAGAAUACCCAAGUUUGCUUUAGACCAAAACUUGUCUCCCUUAUCAAAGAAUAACUAUAUCAGCUCCCGCCAUCGCUUUUUUAGUUUAUAUUUAGUUUUCUUAAUAAUUUUUAGCAGAUUCUGAAGGAUGAUUAAGCCGGAUAAACUACAGCUUCGUUAUAAUAAAUUUGAGUGAUUUACAUGACA